CAGCGCACCACGUGGAUGGUAUUCGUGACACGUCGAUUCCUUUCCUGGUCCACUUCAUGGUACCAUCACCAGCAAACGUUUACGGUUUAUGAACGCUGACGGUGGACGGUAAUCGCUAUUCGGUGACAACAGGGCAGGAGGCUGAAGAACAGAGGAGCACGGGCGAAGGAUACGUUUGCGUUAGCUGCGUGACUUGUCACAGGUAGAUCCGUUUUUGUAAGUUUCUACGAUAUUAUUUGGAAACCGAAGUGAGAGAGAGAGAGAGAGAGAGAGAGAAACGCGAACACAGAAACAAGCCCCCAAAGUGUGCUGCAAUUGAAACGGAUCUCGAUAGUUGGGGUUUGUUCGCGAGCUAAAGGAAAGAAGAAUUCGAUAAAAUGCCUCCAGGCCCCAGCUCAACUUCCGUUGGACUCGCUGGUCGUUCGCCCAGUAAAGCUAUAGCACCUAGAACAGGUGGUAGUGGCACCGUUAGGCAAAGAAAGACGACAACGAGUACCGCGACCAGGAGCAGAAAUCCGGGCGCCGAUUCCGGUGGUAUGUGGAGGUUUUACACGGACGAUUCACCCGGUAUCAAAGUAGGACCGGUGCCCGUUCUCGUGAUGUCUCUUCUCUUCAUCGCGUCCGUAUUUAUGCUUCAUAUCUGGGGAAAAUACACCAGAUCUUAAAAUCUAAAACGAAACACGUUUCAAGCAUCAUUCUUCGUAUGUUACAUUUCCAUGUGACGGAUCUCGUACAGAUCGAACGUAAAAUUUAACGUACGAUCCCUAACAGCCGAACCGGAAUCACAUUUACUUUGCGUUAAACCGAAUUUUGUAAAGUUUGUAAGGAGGAAUCUAAGAAAUAAUUCUAUGUAUGUAUAGUAUACGAUCGGGAUAAGUUGUACUCGUUAUUAUUUGUAAUAUUACUAUUAACGAUAUAUAAUGUACUAUAUUCCAAUAUAUGACUUUGAAAUCGAUUAAAAAAAAGCGAUGAGAUAAAUAAUACAAUGAAUUUUAUACGAUCGAUUCUUAUCGUUUUCACUAAGAUUGAAAAUUCGAUGAGAAUAGAGUGAAAAUUGCGAGCCCGUAGACACGCGGUAAAUGAUUUUUUACAACGACAUUUAGUUGGUGAAGUAGCGUGAACUUUUUAAACACGAAUUUCUAUCGUAUCGCAUUUUAUAUACAUAUCUAUGUA